AUGUAAAAUUUGAAAUUCAUUAAUAAUGAACUAGAAUCCUAGCUCAAGGCUUCUCAUCUUGAGACCAGAUAGCUCAAAUAAGAAAUCAUAAAAAUUAAUCAACUCAAUGCUCAAUUAAAGGAGUAAUUGCAUCAAAUUACUAUUAACUCUGAAAUCGAGGAUCAAUACAAGCAAUCACUUAUUGAAAAUAAAAUGCUUAAGAAAGAAUUAGAAUUUUACUAGUUACAAGAACAAUCAAAAGUGGAUUAGAUAGCAUCAAAACCCUCUUAUGAGUAAUUAGAAAAAGAGCUCAAUGAUUUACAAAUAUUUUUUAAAAAAUACUACAACCUUCAAGAAACGCUCUUGAAUAAGAUCCCCAUUUAGUUACUGAAGGAUUGCUGGUUGGCUAUUAAUUAAACCUUUAAAUCUCAUUUCAAUAUUCAUCAAACUAUUUAAAAUAUUCAAGAAGAAGUUUCCCUCCUUGAGUAGGAUUAUAAACAAAUCUUGCAUGCGAACAAAGACAACGAUUCUGAAAUCCAAUACUUAGCCAAAUAAAACAUAAUUGUUGAAAGAAGAGUUGAAAUAGAAAAAUGCAGAAAAGAAAUUUAAAUAAAACAAUUUGAAACAAAAAAAAUGGAAUAAGAAUUGGAUGAACUCUAAAAAGAAUUUGAUUAUAUUUGUAAAAUUGAGCAGAGAAGAUUCAAUCAAUAAAUUGAAAUUGAAAAAUAAUUAGUACAAGUCAGAUAAAAAACAACCUAACCAGUUGUUGAAUAAAAAACCUCAGUUUUGCCUGUCUAAAGAAGUCGAUAACAUUCUGAUUACUUCAGACCCAAUCAGAUAUCUAUUGACUCUUAAUAAUCAAUCAAACCUUUAAUACUUCGAGCCCCUAAGCAUAGCGCAGUGUAAUAAGAAGCUGAAAAAACUAAUCUAGAAAAAACUAUAGAUUAAACAAGAUAAAAAUUAAGUAGACAAUUAAGUUUAGCCUCCAAUCUACGUGAAUCAACAAAAUGA